AUGCGCUGGGUCGACAGUUACGGUCGUCGCAGCUUGCUGCUGAUCGGCGGUGUCGGUAUGGUCGUCGGCCACGUUGUCUCGGCGACGGCGUUCACGAUCGGCUGCGACGGUGACACGGUGUCGCUUGGCUGCUCCAAGAGCGCGGGCUGGGUCAUGGUCAUCUCGACGAUGGUGUUCAUCUUCAACUUUGCGAUUUCAUGGGGUCCGAUCUGCUGGAUCUACCCGGCCGAGAUCUUCCCCAUGAACGUGCGCGCCAAGGCUGUCUCGGUGUCGACCAUGAUGAACUGGGCCAUGGGCGCGGUCAUGAUCGGUGUGCCCAAGCUCUUCCCGUACAUCAACAUCAACGGCGUCUUCUUCCUCUUUGCGGGUCUCUGCUUCCUCGCGAUGACGUUCGUGUACUUCAAGUGCCCGGAAACGAAGGGUCUCGUGCUCGAAGACAUUGAGCAGCUCUUUACCAAGGCCGGCGAGAAGCCCGCGUACAAGACGCACAAGACCCCGGACCAGACGGCGGUGUAA